UUUCAUAUCCAUCAAUUCCAUCUCACCCUAUUCUCUCACUCAGAGGAACAAGCCAGCUCUCUCUCUCUCUCUCUCUCUCGCUCACUCUAGCUAGAUAGAAAGAAACAUACAUACAUAAGCCGGCCUUGAUCUUCAGGUCCUUCCCUUAACAAAAACACACACCCACCUCCCCAAGUUAACCCUAAAACCAGAAACCAGCUCUUCGUUUUUUUUUUCUGAUACAAUCUCACAAAAAGAGUGCUUUCUUCUUUGUAUGUUCGUUCCUUCCUCUUCGAGCUCCGAACUUAAUUAGAGUAUCAUUAAGACCAUGUCGAACCCAUGGUGGGCUGGCCAGGUGGGUCUAACCGGAGGACUGAAACACGAAGGCCCAGCUGGAAGUAGGUCUCCGAUGACGUUAAUGAAACCAGAUCUGGGAAUCUCCAUGAACAACAGUUCCACCAGCCACCUUCUUGGCGGUGGAGGUGGAUCAGGAUCAGCUGGGGACGAGGAUGAUGAAAGGGACAACGUCAGCGGCGACGACCCUAAGGAGGGUGCCAUCGAAGUCUCGGGCAGCAACAGGCGCCCAAGGGGUCGUCCUCCAGGGUCCAAAAACAAGCCUAAACCGCCCAUCUUUGUGACAAGGGACAGCCCCAACGCCCUCCGGAGCCAUGUCAUGGAGAUCGCCAACGGCGCAGACAUAGCUGAGAGUGUGGCGCAGUUCGCCAGGGCAAGGCAGAGAGGCGUCUGCGUGAUGAGUGGGAGCGGGACCGUUACCAACGUCACGCUCCGACAGCCUUCAGCUCCCGGAGCGGUCAUGGCCCUCCAUGGAAGGUUUGAGAUUCUGUCCCUGACGGGAGCAUUUUUGCCAGGGCCUGCACCGCCGGGGGCGACCGGAAUGACCAUAUACUUGGCCGGAGGGCAGGGGCAGGUGGUCGGAGGAAGCGUUGUGGGACCUCUUGUAGCUUCUGGGCCGGUCAUGGUUAUAGCAGCAACUUUCUCGAAUGCUACUUAUGAAAGACUGCCCUUGGAACAAGAGGAGGAUGAUCAGCCGCCUGCGCCGAACUCGGGGCAGACGGCCGGAGGUGGCGCAUCUCCACCCGGUAUUGGUGGGAGUUUGGGAGAUCCGAAUUCAUCUAUUUCGCCCGGGGUUUACAAUUUGCCACCAUCUUUGGUUCCUAACGGUGGAGGGCAGUUGAACCACGAGGCAUACUCAAAUUGGGCUCAUGGUGGGGGUAGACCUCCAUUUUAAUCAAAUCAACCAAAGAGUAAUAUAAUCUGCUCUUUGAACUUUUAACUAUGAGAGAUGAAGAAUCGAAGGAAAUUGAAUAGGUUGAGCUAGCCCGCUGCAUGUAUUUCUAGCUGUAUUCUGUGCUUGCACUUAAUUAUUUGAGGUAUUGAUCGAAGAAGAUGAUGCUGAUCAUCAUGAGAAGUAUUAUGCUUUGUACAUUUGCAAUAACUACAUAUGCUGGAAGUCUCACUCUGGAAUUCAUAAUCA